AUGGUGUUUAUUAUUGUAAAUUUCUUGGGAAUGCCUAAAGUAUUUCUAGAUGCUUAUAAAUUUCGUCAUCCUUUGUUUUUAAUAGAACCUGAUUCUAAUAAAAAAACUAUAGUAAUUCUUGGAAGUGGAUGGGGAAGUAUUUCUUUACUAAAAAAUAUUAAAUCAAAUGAUUAUAAUAUUGCUAUUGUUUCACCUAGGAAUUAUUUUCUUUAUACACCACUUCUUCCAAGCUGUACAACUGGAACUGUUGAAUUUCGUUCUAUUAUGGAGCCUAUUAUAUAUAUGAUACGCCAUAAAAAAACGAAUGUCCGAUUUUAUGAGGCUAGUUGUACUAGUAUUAACCCUGAUAAUAAAACUAUUAUAAUAAGAGAUUCUUCUGGUGUUUAUGGUGAUGUUAAUGAAACUACGUUGUCUUAUGACUAUCUUGUUAUUGGCGUUGGCGCUGAAAACCAAACCUUUGGAAUUUCUGGUGUUAAUCAAUAUGCUAAUUUUUUAAAAGAAACAUCUGAUGCUAGAAAAAUAAGAAUAAAAAUUAUGGAGUGUAUCAAGGCAGCAUUGUUUGAAGGACAAACAGAUGAUGAAAAGCAACGUUUAUUGAAUAUGAUUGUUGUAGGAGGAGGGCCUACUGGUGUUGAAUUUGCUGCUGAAUUGCAUGAUUUUUUUGAGGCAGAUUUAAAAAAAUGGUUUCCAGAAAUAUCAAAUAUAUUUAAGGUUAAACUUAUUGAAAUGCUUCCAUCUGUUCUUCCUAUGUUUCCUAAGACUUUAAUAAAUUAUACUGAAGCUGCUUUCAAGGGGCAAAAUAUUGAAAUACUUACUAGGAGCAUAGUAAAAGGCGUUACUGAUAAAUAUAUUAUUGUAGAAACGGUUGCUCCUGAUAAUAAAAAAAUGAUACAAAGAAUUCCAUAUGGAUUGCUUGUAUGGGCUACAGGAAAUUCUCCAAGAAAUGUUAUUAAGGAUUUGGUAUCUAAGAUUCCUGAGCAGAAUGGUAGUUUUAGAGGUUUAUUAGUUAAUGAUUACUUGGUUGUGAAAGGGACAGAAAAUAUUUGGGCUCUUGGUGAUUGUACAGCUACUAAGUAUGCUCCUACCGCUCAAGUUGCAUCUCAACAAGGGGAAUAUCUUGCUAAAUUAUUUGAUACAUUAGCGGAAUUUAGAAAAGUUAAAAAAGAAAUACGAUAUCUUGAAAAAUUAUUAGAAACUGAUAGUAUUAAUUUUGAAAAUAAAGAAAUGAUAAAAAAAGAUGUCAAUAUUAAAAUAAAAAAAAUGGAAAGAUUAUCUAUUUUGCCUUUUGAGUUUUUAUAUAGGGGAAGUCUUGCAUAUAUUGGGAAUGAUAAAGCAAUUGCUGAUCUUUCUUUUUCAAAAGGGAGUUUUUCCAUGUUUGGAACUGUUGCAUUUUUAUUUUGGAGAUCUGUUUAUGCAAGUAUGCUUUUUUCUUUACGAAAUAGAGUUCUGGUUUGUUUAGACUGGAUUAAAGUUUCUAUCUUCGGGAGAGAUGUAAGUAGAUUUUAA